GAAAGGAGGUUUGUGGCAGUUUGUUGUCAUCUCCAUCCAAUGGUGAACCGCUACAUUGUAUCGGCACGGAGUCCUAUUUCACCCGCAAUUUUGUUUGAUAUUAUUGAUACUCGCGUAACACAUCCAGCAAAAACAACUUAUUGGGUUGCGGGAAAUCUUCAAAAAAUGGAAAGCGACGGUUGAAGUUUGUUGUUGAAAUAUAUAAUCAUGGUGUUGUUAAGUUGUUUGCGAACGACAAGCAAGAAGGGAGAGUCUAAUUGAUGACUUCUUGGAGGAAAAUGGGUGCGUGCGGGUAGCACAAAAAAAAAAUAAUUUCCUGAAGCAAGUGAAGGGAAUGAAUGUAAAGUUGGGUAGUUAACGCACAAAAGAAAGGAAGAGAGAGGGGAGUCUCCGCUUGGAGCGAGGAGGAGGAGAGGAAAAGGAAAAUGAGGGGAGCAUGACGGCUCUGUCCUCAUGGCUGUUAUCUGACUUUCUGAGGCCACUGCUCUACUUUGCUGCUGUAAGGUAGAGCAGCCCAACUCUGCCUGGGAAGCAGCUUGAGACCAACACACAGUCCACCCUGUGAAGAGCUCUCCUUUUAAUGGAUGCCCGGGUGGCUCUGCCAAUUGUGUGGACAGGUCUUGUCCUUCUGACAGCCGAGUUGAAGUGGAUUGAUGCUGCCGAGAUUUUCACCAACACAUGGGCUGUCCAGAUCAAUGGGGGCCCUGGGGAGGCAGACCGCAUCGCCAGAGAGCAUGGUUUCAUCAACCAAGGCAAUGUUUUUGGAGAUUAUUAUCACUUCAGGCACCAUGCCGUGGAGAAGAGGGCAUUGUCAGGCCACACGGGAAUGCACAUCAGACUGCAAAAAGAACCACAGGUCCUGUGGGUGGAACAGCAAGUGGUGAAAAGAAGAAAGAAGAGGGAUAUCUUUGAAGACCCCACAGACCCAGAUUUUUCCAAGCAGUGGUACCUGUCCAAUCCAACACAUCAAGACUUGAAUACGAAGGCAGCCUGGGUUCAAGGCUACACUGGGAGAGGUGUAGUGGUGACCAUUUUGGAUGAUGGGAUUGAAAAGGACCAUCCUGACCUCCACAGCAAUUAUGAUCCUGAGGCAAGCUACGAUGUUAAUGAUGGAGAUGCUGACCCCCAACCUAGGUACACACAGCGAAAUGAGAACAGACAUGGAACUCGUUGUGCAGGCGAAGUUGCAGCUAUAGCCAAUAACGGAAUAUGUGGCACAGGUGUGGCCUUUAACGCAAAAAUUGGAGGAGUUCGUAUGUUGGAUGGGGAAGUGACAGAUGUGGUGGAAGCUCAUUCCCUAAGCCUUAACCCUCAGCACAUCCACAUCUACAGUGCCAGCUGGGGCCCGGAGGAUGAUGGCAAGUCACUAGAUGGCCCUGCCAAACUGGCAAUGGAGGCUUUUCUUCAAGGCAUAACCAAGGGACGCGGUGGACUGGGCUCCAUCUUCGUCUGGGCUUCAGGCAACGGUGGCCGCGAACAGGACAGCUGCAACUGUGACGGCUACACCAACAGCAUUUACACGCUGUCCAUCAGCAGCACCACAGAGUCGGGCAAUGUGCCGUGGUACAGUGAACCCUGCUCCUCCACCCUGGCUACAACCUUUAGCUCUGGGAAUCCAGGGGAGAAACAGAUAGUAACCACAGACCUGAGGCAGAAAUGCACUGACUCUCACACGGGGACGUCUGCCUCGGCUCCUCUAGCUGCUGGGAUCAUCGCUCUGGCUCUGGAGGCAAACAUGAACCUAACCUGGAGGGACAUGCAGCACCUGGUGGUGAGGACGUCGUUACCCGGGCACCUUAUCGCUGGAGACUGGAAGACCAAUGGAGUGGGACGCAUUGUGAGUCAUUCGUAUGGCUAUGGCUUACUAGAUGCAGGCGCUAUGGUGAGUUUGGCACAGAACUGGACGACAGUGGAACCACAACACCAAUGUGUUCUGACAAUGCUUACAGAACCAAGAGACAUCGGGAACAAGCUGGUGUUCAGCAAGAGCGUUGAUGCCUGCUGGGGGCGACCGGAGUAUGUCCGAUCUCUGGAGCACGCUCAGGCUCGCCUCAGUCUUUCCCAUAACCAGCGAGGAAAAUUGGCCAUUCAUCUCAUCAGCCCAGUGGGAACACGUUCCACCCUGCUGUUCCCAAGGCCCAAUGACUAUUCUUCGGAGGGGUUCAAUGACUGGGCCUUUAUGACCACCCACUCGUGGGAUGAGGACCCACAGGGAGAGUGGACCCUAGAGAUAGAAAACGUUGCAUCUAAUGGACGUGACUAUGGUGUAUUGAGUCAGUUCACCCUCACCCUGUGGGGCACCGGCCCCAGCGUUGUUAACCCCUCGUCGCCCGACUUCCCUCGACCUUCCAACAACAGCUGCAAGACCUUCGAUGCCCAGCAGAUCUGUAUUGAGUGUAGCCCAGGCUUCUCCCUCUUCCUCCAGGGCUGUGUGAAGUUUUGCCCCCCAGGCUUCACGUCAGGCCCACAACUGCUCAACCUCUCCCUGGAAAACUGGGUGGACUUGUCCUCUGUUCAGGCCUGCCUGUCUUGCCAUCCAUCCUGCCUCACCUGCUCAGGCUCUGGAUCUACAGACUGCCUUUCCUGUCCAACUCACAGCCACCUAGUCUUCACCUCCUGCCUGCACCAGAACCAGGUCCAGAGGAAAUCCCCCCUUACCGGAGGACUGCAGGGUGAAGAAGAUGAGCCGGAGGUGAAGACACCAGCAGCAGCGGUGGCGGGAGCAGACAUGAACAGCGGAUCAACUGAAGAACCGCCAGGACUCAGUGCUGCUCCGCCCUCUCAGCUUCCUGUCGUCGUGGCGGUUCUCAGCUGUGCCUUGAUCCUGGCUGCCUUCGUCGGGGUCUUCUUCUUGCUUCAGGUGCGCUCAGGAGACGCCGCUUUGACCUGGAGGACCAAACUGCCCUCUGUGUUUUCAGACACCAGGAGGACUCGGCUGGGCCUUGGCUUGGGCUUCCAGCGGGGGCGGGAGAGGAAGGCUCGGAUAUGCUACAAGGGGAUCCCCACUGUGUGGGCAGACGAGGACACCAUCGCCUGUGAGUCUGAAUCAGACAGCGAGGAAGUGGACGGUCAGAGCGAGAGGACAGCUUUUAUCAAGACGCAGAGCUUGAUGUAGCUGGAUCAGCUUCAGUCGCCGCGGUUUCUCACACCGUGGCGCGGAGGGUGUGAGAUCUGACUGUGCAGAGGUGAUACAUGAAGGAGAAACACAGGCCUUACUGUCCCAUCAGCACUACAUCCUAAUGCAUUACCUAUUUAUUUACCUUUUAAUCAUUUAAGUGAUUUCAUUGAUCACUUAUGUUAUCUGUUAUAUCCAUUAUGUCCUUAAUUCUGUCACCAAUACAGUGUGUUGCAAAAGUUUUAAAAAAAUGUCCAUGUUGUCUGGUAAAAGCACCAACUUCAGUGUAUUUCACUAGGAUGUUUAUGUGAUAGACCAAAAGGUGGCAUAUAUGUGUGACAUGAAGUUAAGAGGGUACAUAUUUAUAUUUUACAAAUAAAAUACCUCAAAGGUAUGAAGUACACCUGCACUACUCAGCUCCCAGACUACUUAGUGAAACCAACGUCUGCUGAAAUUACAGCUCAGUUUUAUGGGGUGUGUCAUCUUUCAAAGAUCAACCUUUAUUUCUCUCCAUUUUGUUUUCACAUCAACACUGAUCAGCUUUCCUGUCCCUUUACGAUGUAAAAGAUCCCUUCAGCAUGAUAAUACCUCCGUAAUGUUGUCACGGAGAGGGUCAGGGUUUUUUUUUAUCACACAGUAUUUUUCUUGUAGGCCAGAACCUUACAUUGUUGCCUCAUCUGACCUUUGUGGUUUCACAAAGUAAUUUGGGAGUACAUGGUUUUUGUCCUCUCUCUGCACAGUGUUUUGCAACCUUUAAAUUGGACUUUUAAUGGCUUUCCCUCUACAACAUUUUUCUCAUCAGAUUUCCUCUGUUAGGGCCAGAUUUUCUAAAGGCAUAAUUAACAAUUGUCCUGUCAACAGAUUUACUAAUAAUGUAACUUUUAAAGCCAAUGGUUUGCACUAUAAACGGUGGCUUAAAUACUAAUGGACACCACACUGCAUGCUUAAAAGUUUAUUUGUAAGGAAAAAAAAUUAAGCCAUCUACAAUUUAUCCCCCAAUUCAUAGUUGUCCACAGUUCUCUGUUGGUCUAUCAUAUAAAAUCCCAUUAAAAAUAUAUGAAAGUAUGAGGCAAAAUUGGGAAAGGUUUAAGGGGUAUGAAUACUUUUGCAAUGCAUUGUAUGAGGUGUUAUGCAAAUGUAACCAUUCUAACCACUUCAUCCAUGGAGGACCCACAUUUGGGGGCAAUAGCAGUGGUUCCAAGAAACUCCAGGGGUCAAAUUCAGUGCAGUUUGCUAUGAAGAAAGCAGCAAGGAGGCAAAAUGUACUUCAUGUCAUAUAAGCUCUCUCCAUGCUAAACGUCUUCCUACGUAAAAGCACAUAUUUUGGGUCCUGCAUACCAUCCUUGCAUAACUAUUCCAGAGCCACACGUAGGAACAGCAGGCUGGGAUCUGUGUAGAAUUAUCAUAACUUACUGGUAAGAAAAAAUAAAUAAAUAAUAAAAAAUAUAUAUAUAGAUGAAACCUUUUAAACCACCCAGCUCAUUACUUUAUCAAGCACACAUCUCAUGGAUCACAAAAUCUAAGCCGAGCUUUGAUACAUUUUCGUUUCGUAUAUAUAUUUAUUUCCUGGCAGAUUGCAGAGCGGGGAGUUAGGAGGUUUGCUUGCUGUUCAUUAAUAGUUGCAAAACUUUAAUUUGAAGAUUUCUUGGGCACAGUGGGACGCCAUGAUAAAACAUCCCUCUGGCUGUUUGAGCAGAAAAAUGUGGAGGAUGUUCCAUUCUCGGUCGAGCUACAGUAGGAACACAUAUCUGAUGUAUCACUCAGAAAAACUUACUGACUCGUAGAUAUUCCGUUUUUUUUUUCUUUCUGUCUUUAAUGACUUUAUGAAAUCAGUUAGCCUACAGCUGCUUGGCCGACCUUUCGCCGCUCUGUCCCAAUCGGUUGCUGCUGGUAAGAAAUAUGAUCAUUUUCUUCUCAUUUUCCCCACAGAGCACGCGGUAUAUUGAUUUUGGGGGGCUGCUCUGCCAGAACAUUUUCAUCAAGGUGAAGUUCUCUCCCUUUCUAUUGUCAGCUCCAUACAUUAAACAGGCAUCCACAUGCUUUAUUUCCCAUUUGUGUAGAUUUAGCUCUACACAGGCUGAAUCAAAGCCUUUGGAUCUAAAGGCUGGAAUAAUUGCAGUAACUGAAAAAGGAGAUAGCUUGUAUUGCUUUUUCUAUGUGUGUUUUAUAGCUCUUUUUUUAUUCAACUAAUAAUGGUUGUUUAAAGUUGUGGAGACGAGUUUCAUGCUGGAUUAAAAAGAUUUUGGCCGUUGCGUAAA